GGAUUUUAUUAGAGGGAGGACCCUUAUUUCUCCUUCUCCCACUACCACUCCAUUUCCCUCUCUCCUUCUCCACUCACUCUUUUCUCUCAAACAAAGUCCAAUGGACUCUCUCACCCUCUUCUGUACCGGCGCUCUCCUCGCCGGUGGGCUCUACUGGUUCGUCUGCGUUCUCGGCCCUGCCGAGCGACAAGGCAAGCGUGCCGCAGAUCUCUCCGGUGGCUCCAUCUCCGCCGAAAAAGUCCAAGACAGUUACAACCAGUACUGGUCUUUCUUCCGUCGACCUAAGCAGAUCGAAGCCUCCGAGAAAGUCCCUGACUUCGUAGACACCUUUUACAACCUCGUAACUGAUAUCUACGAGUGGGGUUGGGGUCAGUCCUUCCACUUCUCCCCCUCAGUCGCCGGCAAGUCCCACAAGGACGCCACGCGCCUCCACGAGGAGAUGGCCGUCGAUCUUAUCAACGUCAAGCCCGGACAACGCAUCCUCGACGUCGGAUGCGGCGUUGGCGGGCCGAUGCGCGCGAUUGCGGCUCACUCGCGGGCCAACGUCGUGGGGAUAACAAUCAACGAGUACCAGGUGAAGAGGGCGCGUCUGCACAACAAGAAGGCCGGGCUCGAUUCUCUAUGUGAAGUUGUCUGCGGUAACUUUCUAGAGAUGCCGUUCCCGGAGAACAGCUUCGACGGCGCGUACUCGAUCGAGGCGACGUGCCACGCGCCGAAGCUGGAGGAGGUGUACGCCGAGAUCUUUAGGGUUCUGAAGCCAGGAGCGCUGUACGUCUCGUACGAGUGGGUGACGACCGACAAGUACAACGGUGACGACGCGGAGCACAGGGAGGUGAUUCAGGGGAUCGAGAGAGGGGACGCGUUGCCGGGGCUGAGGGCACAGGUGGACAUCGCCGAGGCGGCGAGGAAGGUAGGGUUUGAAGUGGUGAAGGAGAAGGAUCUGGCAAAGCCUCCAAGUGAGGCAUGGUGGACUAGGCUGAAGAUGGGCAGGAUCGCCUACUGGCGCAACCACAUUCUGGUUACCGUGCUCUCCUUCUUGGGAAUUGCGCCGAAAGGAACGGUGGAUGUUCACGAGAUGCUGUUUGUCACCGCUGACUAUUUGACCAGAGGUGGUGAGACCGGAAUCUUCACUCCGAUGCAUAUGAUCCUCUGCCGGAAGCCGGAAUAGAUUUUCACAUGGGUACUAAUGUAUGGUCCAAAACCUACCUCCCUUGUUAUUUUAGUCCCUUUUCAUUUUUGUUUUCGGUUUUUAUUGUCUAAUUUAUCGCCCCUAAUGUAUUUCCCAUUUGGAAUUAUUUGAAUUUCGUGAUUAGGAUCUUUGGCUUUCUUCACAUUCUAAUGUUUUGGUAGUAAUAAUGUAAUUUUCGCUC